UGGCAGUGCUCUCUAGGAGCGGCGCGAAGCGUAGGCAGGCUCCUCCGUCCGCAUUUCACCGGGCGCGCUCCUCGCCGGCGCACGUUCCCCGCCGUCCUGGCUGCCCCGGCCGCAGUCGCGGUGGUCCAGGCGGUGGCCUGGCUGCUGCUCUGGGAGGCGGCUGGGUUCACCAGCACGUCCGCCACCGCCCUCGCUGCCUCCCACGCCGACACCGGCAUAAGGGCCAGUUGUUCUGAAAUUAUUUUGAGGCAAGAAGUUUUGAAAGAUGGUUUCCACAGAGACCUUUUAACAAAAGUGAAAUUUGGAGAAAGCAUUGAGGACUUACAGACCUGCCGACUCUUAAUUAAACAGUACAUCCCAACAGGACUUUUUGUGGAUCCAUAUGAGCUGGCUUCAUUAAGAGAGAGAAACAUAACAGAGGCAGUGAUGGUUUCAGAAAAUUUUAAUAUAGAAGCUCCCAACUAUUUGUCCAAGGAAUCUGAAGUUCUCAUUUAUGCCAGACAAGAUUCACAGUGCAUUGAUUGUUUCCAAGCUUUUUUGCCUGUGCACUACCGCUAUCAUCGGCCACAUAGUAAAGAUGGAGAAACCUUUAUUGUGGUCAAUAACCCUGAUUUACUGAUGUAUUGUGACCAAGAGUUUCCAAUUUUGAAAUGCUGGGCUCAGUCAAAAGUGGCAGCUCCUUGUACUUUGAAGAAUAAGGAUAUUUGCCAAUGGAACAAUAUGAAAUAUAAAUCAGUAUAUAAGAAUGUGACUCUGCAGGUUCCAGUGGGACUGACUAUACAUACUUCUUUAGUAUGUUCUGUGACUCUGCUUAUUACCAUCCUGUGUUCUACUUUGAUCCUUGUGGCUGUUUUCAAAUAUGGCCAUUUUCCCCUAUAAGUUUUAUGCAAUUAAAUGCUUUCCAUAAACCUAAAUAAGACCUAAUCAUUUGUGACUAGAAGUAUUCUUCUAGAAUUGUCAUUACUUUUGUCUUGUCUUCAUUUUGUUUACUGGCUCAAUUAUGUUUACUGGAGGAAAUUUUGGAUCAUUCUCAACUAAUUCCAAAAUUUAGUGUUCUGUUAUGUAGACCUUUGAUAAUCUUCAAGCAUCUAGUGCCAGUAGAGGAAACUUAAUUCUGUUAAAUUAUUAUUUUGUGGGAAGUCACUUUAUCUUCAUUUGGGUUACAAAAAUAAGUACUUUAUGUAUUAGAGACAAAUUAUUGUCAGUUUGUAAAUAGAAACAUUUCAAUUUAAGCUAAAAAUUGAGAGAAUCAUUAUAAAUAAGAAUAAAAUAAUUUGGAUGAAUGAGUUUAUUUAAAUCUUAUUUUUAUGAGAAUAGUGAAGUCAUUUAGAGUUUCAAAGAAAAUCAUUAAGAACAGCUAAGAAAAUAUUAAUAUCAAAGUUGAUUAUUCUUUAAAACAUUUCCAUUCUCCCUUUAUAAUUUAUAUUGCUUUUGAACAUAUGCAUUGUCAAAGGGCUUGAUGAAACUAAGCACUAAGAUUUAAUUCUGAUUUAGUACUGAAUUUGUCAGGAAGACAGUUCGGAACGUGUAUAUUUUAUUAAGUUGUACAUUUACAAAAAAUGUGUUUUGUAUCUUCAGGUGAUUUUUAAAAAAUAAAAGAUCUUGAUUUAGAACCAAAAGGCUGUAUUAAUAAACACAACUAUGUGAAAAAGUUUAAAGUCAUACAGUAUAUUGUUACGUACAUAAAGUUUUUUAAGACAGUCUCAGCAUUCUGUACAUACAUGUGUUACAUUUCUACAUUUUACUCCUCACAUCAGCUUCUGCAUUAAGUUUAAUUAUGACUAAUUUGUGCUAUUCUUAGUGCAUACAAGACACUUGACAUUAGUGUUUUAUUCUUGUAUAUAAAAAGUACAAUAUGGAGAUGUAUACAGUCUUUGCUAUGUUAGGUUUAUAAACUGUUUUAAAAAGUUCAUCCUUUUGCCAAAGUGAUGGAGAAUAUAAUUGGUAAAUCUUAAGUCCUGUGGUGAAUAAUGGUGUGAUUUAAAGCUUUUACUAUGUUAUGUUUUCUUUUGAGACAUUAAUUUAGUAAUUUUAUUUUGGGGAAAAUAAGAGCUUUAAAUUUUAUUUAACUAGAACCUCUCCCCUUCUUUAAUGAAACAUUCUGUACCAUGUCUGUAUUAAAAAUAACAUUGCUGAUUUUGUUUUUGGAAAA